GGACAAGUUGGGUCUUAUCUGAGUCACAGGAGGUAUACCUGGACCAUGGCUUUAAUUCAGCCCGUUCUUAAGAAAUACCUGUUGGUUUCUCGUCAAGUGGCAGUGAAAAUGCCUCGUGUAAAAGCAGCUCAGGCUGGGAGACAGGGCCCAGCAAAAAGACGUCUCGCAGAGCAGUUUGCAGCUGGGGAGAUAGUGACUGACUUGUCAAAGAAGGAGUGGAAGCUGGGCUUACCCAUUGGCCAAGGCGGCUUUGGUUGUAUCUAUCUCGCUGAUACAAAUUCUUCAAAGUCAGUUGGCAGUGAUGCACCUUACGUUGUGAAAGUGGAACCCAGUGACAAUGGACCUCUUUUUACUGAAUUAAAGUUCUACCAACGAGCUGCUAAGCCAGAGCAAAUUCAGAAAUGGAUUCGCACCCAUAAACUGAAGUACCUGGGUGUUCCUAAGUACUGGGGGUCUGGUCUGCAUGAUAAAAAUGGAAAAAGUUACAGGUUUAUGAUAAUGGAUCGCUUUGGGAGUGACCUUCAGAAAAUAUACGAAGCAAAUGCCAGAAGGUUUUCUCGGAAAACUGUCUUGCAGCUAAGCUUAAGAAUUCUGGAUGUUCUGGAAUAUAUUCACGAGCAUGAGUAUGUGCAUGGGGAUAUCAAGGCCUCGAAUCUCCUCCUAAGCUACAAGAAUCCUGACCAGGUAGUGUAUUUGGUGGACUAUGGCCUUGCUUAUCGAUACUGCCCAGAAGGAGUUCAUAAAGAAUACAAAGAAGACCCCAAGAGAUGUCACGACGGCACCCUUGAAUUCACCAGUGUCGAUGCACACAAUGGCGUGGCCCCAUCGAGACGUGGUGAUUUGGAAAUCCUUGGUUACUGCAUGGUCCAGUGGCUCAGUGGCCAUCUUCCUUGGGAGGAUAAUUUGAAAGAUCCUAACUAUGUUAGAGAUUCCAAAAUUAGGUACAGAGAAGAUAUUGCAGGUUUGAUGGAUAAAUGUUUUCCUGAGAAAAACAAGCCAGGUGAAAUUGCUAAAUACUUGGAAACAGUGAAAUUACUGGGCUAUACUGAAAAACCUCUUUAUCAAAAUUUACGAGAUAUUCUUCUGCAAGGACUAAAAGCUAUAGGAAGUAAGGAUGAUGGCAAACUGGACCUCAGUGUUGUGGAGAAUGGAGAUUUGAAAGCGAAGACAGUGACGAAGAAGAGAAAGAAAGAAAAGGAAGAAAGCACAGCUUCUAGUGUUGAAGAUAUGGAGUGCUCAAGCGCGCAGAUGGAGGGGACCGUGCAAACCCGUUCAAGGAGGAGGAGAGCGCAGCAGUAACUCAGAUGCGUGAACCAGCUUUGCGUCCUUUCCACGUGCUUGUUUCUCCUUUCCUGUGUUAAGUGUUUUGUUUUCAUGUGAGUCUUGUGAGAGUGAUAGUUACAUGGUAUUGUCUUUGAAAAACAUAAACUUUUUUACUAAAAUGAAUGUGAAAUUUAUUAAAGGCUAAUUUAUGCAAUCUGAAGACCAUCAGCUCUGCUCUCUAAGCGGUCUCACGCUGUAUGUGUUUGGGAGUUUGGAGCACAUGGAAGGAAGAUUACUACGAUUGUGCUUCUCUGGUCAUUGUGCACUUCCCAGAGGGCAUGAAAAUGCUUGAGUCUUCAGCUUUGAGGAGGCGCAAGACUUAAAAUAAAGGUCUCUUGCUUGAUACAGAUAUACAAUUUAUUGUGACCUCGAAGUGUGGUUUGUACUGAUUUAACAUUUAUUAAGCACCUCUGGUGUGCACUGUUUGUACAGGAAAGCAGCACUUUUAAAGUUUUAGAAAUGAGAAAUUUUAAGUUGUGGAAUUUUUUUAGUUGCCUUAGGAACAAAAACUUGGAAUUUUAGUAUAUUCAUCGAGUUUCAAGAUAACGUUCCUCAAAACUUUGCUAGAGAGAUUGGGCUGUGUUUCCUAACGGGUGGUACACUGUACUAUUUGCAAUAUGCACCAUGUUUUUAUGUGGGAUGUGGACACCAUUUCAGUUAAGUAUUUAAAAUAUAGCGAGCACCUUGAACUAAUGAUGUAACUACUGCUUAGGACUAAACUAUUACUAAAUAGGUAGUUCAGGUAUUAAAAAACAAAAGUUGACUUAAAGAAAAUAUCAAGUAUUUUCUUAAAAUGCACAGGUAGAAUGUGGACAUAGCCAGAAUUGGCAAGGCUGUGC